GACAUGCUUUUCACCCUGCCUCUUCCUCGCAGCUAAGCUUCCGUGGGACCCGCCUCCUGCCGCGAUGCAGCAAGCUGUGGAGCUGGCGUUGGACCGUGCGGAGUACAUCAUCGAGAGCGCCCGACAGAGACCUCCUAAGAGGAAGUACCUGUCUGGUGGCAGGAAGUCUAUAUUUCAAAAGCUCUAUGACUUGUACAUUGAAGAAUGUGAGAAAGAGCCCGAGGUUAAGCAGAAAUUAAGAAGAAACGUGAACUUGCUGGAGAAGCUUGUCAUGCAAGAGACUUUGUCGUGUUUAGUGGUCAACCUGUACCCAGGAAACGAGGGGUACUCUCUGAUGCUCAGGGGGAAAAAUGGAUCAGAUUCCGAGACCAUCCGACUGCCCUACGAAGAAGGGGAGCUGCUCGAGUACUUGGAUGCUGAAGAGCUACCUCCCAUCCUGGUCGACCUCCUGGAGAAGUCCCAGGCCAACAUCUUCCACUGCGGGUGCGUGCUCGCCGAGGUCCGGGACUACCGGCAGUGCGGCCACACCAAGCCCCCUGGCUACCAGAGCCGGCACAUCCUGCUGCGCCCCACGAUGCAGACGCUCAUCUGCGACGUGCACUCGAUAACCAGCGACAACCACAAGUGGACCCAGGAGGACAAGCUCUUGCUGGAGAGCCAGCUGAUCCUGGCGACGGCGGAGCCGCUCUGCCUGGACCCGUCCGUCGCCGUGGCGUGCACCGCGAACAGGCUGCUGUACAACAGGCAGAAGAUGAACACGCGCCCGCUGAAACGGUGCUUCAAGAGGCACUCCAGGUCCUCUCUGAACCGCCAGCAGGACCUGUCCCACGGCCCGCCGCCUCCUCAGCUGAGGCUCCUGGACUUCCUGCAGAAGAGGAAGGAGAGGAAGGCCGGGCAGCAUUACGACCUCAAGAUCUCUAAAGCGGGGAAUUGCGUGGACAUGUGGAAGCGGAGCCCCUGCAACCUGGCCGUGCCUUCCGAAGUGGACGUGGAGAAGUACGCGAAAGCGGAGAUGUCCAUCCAGUCGGACGACUCGCAGCCUGCGGUCUGGCCGGCCCACGACGUGAAGGACGACUACGUGUUUGAGUGCGAAGCCGGCACCCAGCGGACCAAGCUGACCAUCCUGCAGUCGCUCGGCGACCCCCUGUACUACGGGAAGAUCCAGCCUUGCCCGGACGACGACGAGGCCGACGGCCAGGCGUCUCUGUCCCACUCCUCCACAGACGAUCAUUCCAAUUGGUUCGUUAUUGGAUCAAAGACCGAUGCUGAGAGGGUGGUCACUCAGUACCAAGAGCUGGUCCAGAGCGAAGCCAAGUGCCCCAUCAGGGUGUCGCACAGCUCCAGCGGCCCCGCCGGCCGGGGCCGGCCUUCCCCAGGGGGAGAGACAGAGCAGCCGGAGGCCGCGCCCGUGCAGUCCUCGGUGCUGGGGAAAGGCGUGAAGCACCGGCCGCCGCCCAUCAAGCUUCCCUCGGGCCCCGGGAGCGCUCCUGCAGGUAACUACUUCACGCCACAGCAGGCCAGCAGCUUUCUUAAGUCUCCGACUCCUCCUCCUGCUUCCAAGCCCCCGAGUCUUUCUCGGAAGUCGUCCGUGGACCCCGGGCAAGUCGGUCUGCUCUCUCCGGCCGCCCUGUCUCCUGCCAGCUCCUCACAAAGAUCUGGAGCUCCUAAGCCAUCUACUCCUACACCAACCCCUUCAGCGGCCCCACACCCUCCUGAGGCUCGGAGCUCAGCUCCUAGCGCCCCUUCAGCCGCCCCUCCUCCCCAAGACUCAGGCUCCACCCCUCAGCCCACUUUGUUAGCUCGGUUUGCUCAGCAGCAAAGGCCUCUGAGCCAGGCAAUGCCUGUAACGACCGUUCCUCUCUCCACCAUGGUGACACCCGUCGCCCCAGGGACCAGCGCCCCCCCGCCCAUGGCCACCUCUGCUGGACUUAGCUUCAUCAACGUGGUGGGCUCCGUGUGCGGAGUCCCGGCUCUGAGGAGCAGCUCGAGCCCCGGGCUGGGCGGGAACGCCGGCGCUGUCGCCCCCGCCGGGAUCAACCUGAGCGGCCUGCUGCCCUCGGGAGGCCUGCUGCCCGGCUCGCUGCCCGGGGCAGCGCAGGCCGCUCCGCACACAGGUGUUCCGUUUGGUUUAAAAAACACUUCGAGUCUCAGGCCCCUGAAUCUGCUCCAGCUUCCCGGUGGUCCUCUGAUCUUCAACACUCUGCAGCAGCAGCAGCAGCAGCAGCAACAGCAGCUGCUGCCUCCGUUUCCCGCCCCGCCGCCCCAGCCGCCCGCAGCGUCCAGCCCGCAGCAGCCGGGGGAGCAGGGCUCCGGACAAGGCGCCCCCGGCCAGGAGCAGGCCUUGCCCGCCCCGCACGCCGCCGUCCUGGGCCUCGCCGGAGCGGGGGGCCUCCUGCCGCCGCAGGCAGCCGCGCUGUCUCAGCUUGGCUCUGCCGAGAACAGACCUGCGCAAGGCCUCCCCCAGCAGAGACUCCAGCUCUCCCCUGCCUUGCAGCAGCAGCAGCGGCAGCAGAUCCAACAGCUGCGGUUCUUGCAGCACCAGAUGGCCAUGGCGGCGGCGGCGGCACAGACGGCCCAGCUGCGGCGGCACCGGCACACAGGCAGCCAGUCAAAAAGUAAGGUGAAGAGAGGCGCACCAGCCACUCCGAAAUUCUGAGUCCGGCAUCCUUUUUCCUUUUUCAAUAACGUAAGAGCGAUGAGUCAAGAGGAUUCUGAGUUUCUACUUCUUUUUUGUUUAAAAUGUGUCAGUAUUUUACACUGCUAGGUGUACAAACUUUGUACAGAAGCGCAACCCUAUGAUUUUUAAAUAAAAACAGGGAGAUGCUUU